GCUAAGCAGAGGACAGCCACGCCACUUGCUGUAGCCCAGAACACCCCCAAGUCCCGGAGGCACUCUGGCACUGGAACUGAUUUUCCAGAGGCAGCAUGGACAUCAAGGAGUAUUUUGCCAGAAUUUCUUACCAGGGCUCCCACAAUAAGCCAGACCUGGCUACCUUGUCAGAUAUAUUCCAGCACCACAUCCAAGCUGUCCCUUUUGAAAACCUCAGCAUCCACUGUGGAGAAAGAAUUGAGCUGGACCUGGAAGCAACCUACAACAAAAUAGUGAGGAACAAACGUGGGGGCUGGUGCAUGGAAAACAACUACCUUCUGUCUUGGGUGCUGAAAACUCUUGGCUACAACAUCACCCUUCUGGGAGCAAAAGUUUAUGUCCCAGAGCGCGAUGCCUAUUCAGAUGAAAUCGAUCAUCUGCUGCUACAAGUGGAGCUUGAUGACAAAUCCUACAUUGUGGAUGGGGGAUUUGGGAUGGCCUACCAGCUGUGGCAGCCAAUGGAGCUGAUUUCAGGGACAGAUCAGCCUCAGACUCCUGGGAUCUUUCGUUUUCAGGAAGAAAAUGGGACCUGGUACCUUGAGAAAGUGAAAAGGAAGCAGUGGGUUGUGAACCCAAGCACCUCGACUUCCCCAGAUGUGGAAAAUGAGGUUUGCUGUCGGGUUUACCUCUUUACCCUUCAGCCACGAGACAUUGAGGAGUUCAUGGGCUGCAAUGCCCACCUGCAGACAGCACCUGACUCGCUCUUUGUGACCAAGUCCAUCUGCAGCCUGCAGACCGCCGAUGGUGUCCGGGCACUGGUGGGGUGGAAACUCACUGAGAUAAAGUACAAUUAUAGGGACAAUAUGGAUCUUGUGGAAAUCAGAAUCCUUGCAGAUGAAGAAAUAGAGAAAACACUGAAGGAGAAAUUCAGUAUAAAACUAGAUAAGGAAUUUGUACCUGUCAAUUUGAGCAAGUGAUCUCUGUUCUAACUCACUGCCUGAAUUACAAUUCAGUUCAGUGGCAUUACAGGCAAUUCUUCCCUCUCUUUCUGACAAGCAUCUAAAGGUUAAUCUUUCUCCUUCCAACUAUGCCAGUGUAAGGCAGAACAUACUAUCCUGAAUCUGGAAAACAAAGGGGUUCACACAACUAUUCCUGCAUUUCUUUUUAGGUUGGGCACCAAUACUCUCUGCCCAGCUCAAUCAAAUCAUUACCCUUCUGUUUGUGCUUAGUGGGUGGCAGACUCAGCCCAUUCCCUACAGUUUUCAACUCUUAAAAGCUUUUCUGAACACACUCAGUGUAGAGGGCAGAAAGAUGGAGCUGUAUGUCUUUGUCUUUAUUACCUGAUGCUGCCACCUUGGGAAAAUCAUUCCUGACUCUUAAAUGAAUACUAUAUUAUUUUGGAAGUGUAACAGACAAAAAAAAAAAAAAAAAAACAACCACAAAACAAUCCUUUGAUGAGUUUCUCCAAUAAAGCCAUAAGCCUGUUCUUAUUGCUCUCACAUCCACAACACCCUCUCCCAUGGCACUCAGGCCAUCCCACAUCUGUGCAAACUCACCAUGUGAGUACUUGAGGAAAGGUUCUUUAUGACUUAGAACUGAUGAUAAGAAAUGUCAGUGACAAUUCUGUGUCGUUUCAGACUUUGUACAGCUCCUGUUCUCUCAGUGACAUAACCAAAGAGCAGCAUUUCUUUGAACUGAAAGCAUCUCCUGAGCAUUUGGCUUGCUCACAUUCAGUAGCAGACUGCUGGGAAUACACGUUCCUCUCCUCAGACUCUACUCUGGGUGCUAUUGCACGCUAAUUAUUACAGCUGAACCCACACACAUGCACAGAAUUCUUUUUGUGAAACAUAUCUGUUCUACUGAGGAUGUGUUUGCAGUGAUACUAAUUACAUUGAUAUGAGGAGAAACGAUGAGUCUUAAUCACAUACCUAACAACUAAAAUUUCACAACUAAAAUGUGACCCCUUUGCCCUUUAUGUACAAAUCUUGGAAGCAUUACAACUAUGUAGUUAAAAUUAAGCAAAUGAUAUUAGUGAAUUACAAUUAAAUAAAAAAAUCAAGCGCUGUGAACUAGAAUGAUUCAGAUUUUUUCCCCCUUAAAUUACAGCAUGUAUUCCCUUAGUAAAAAAUAAAUGUCAUUAAUCACUGAA